AUGGAGCUGCUGCUGGUCAGACUUAACUGCUCGGAGUGGUAUGAGCGGGUCCAGGCCUUUCUCGUCUUGGCGACGGAGCGUGUGACGUCGCUUCGGUCCGGCAUCUUCUGGACCCUCUCAUACGUGCUGUUGCUGGCCCUCAUGUACCUCUUUCACUCGCCGUUCCGCUCACAGCUGGAGACCCGCACGGACUGGUACGCGCAGGUCACGAAGGGGCUGCAGAUAUGGCUCGCGGUGGUCCUUCUGUGCUUCCAUGUCGGGCCUCAUUUGAUGGAGUCUCGCUCUGCCGCUGCUGCCUCGACGACUGCGAAGUCGGUAGCCUCGGACGCAACGCAGCACAUCCUUGCCGAGGACGCGGUGGCCACCAUCUUCUUUCCGACCUUCUGCUUCACUAGCUCUUUCUGCCUACUCCUGCACAAGAUCAAGCGCCGAUACAAGCUCGCCUUCACCUACGGGCCCAGCUUCACGGUUGUGAUGAUCAACUCGGUGCUCUUGUCGAGCUUUGCGAUGAUGCACUACACGACAUGCAGUGAGGUCUUUUCGACGGUGGAGAUCGCCGUCGGGGCGCCGGAGAAGACGUGGUCGGCUCCUUUCAUUGGAAGCCUGAUGCCGUCGUCGACGUGGCUUCGGGCAUCGCAGGUCGUCUGCCCGCAGCCAGUUGCGAAGAAGCCGUUUGCAUGCAUUGCCUUUUUAUGCUUUCUCUGCGUGGCCUUUGUUUGGGUCGAUUAUCUUUACAAGAAGCAUCUCGCUGGCGGAGACCCGUCGCGCGGCAUCCUGUGGGCAGACAUGUACCCGGAGAAAGCGCGAAGCAACAACUUCCCGCUGGCCGCCUCGUCGCGCGCCUCCCUCAUCUUUCGUCGCUGGGGCCUGCGACGCACCCCCACCCGCGUCAAUCACGUAGCGAAGAGUCUUGGGCUCCCCGAAGGCGAUCCAAGACUCCAGGAGGCGGUCCCGAAGACCAUUUCGCUGCCCAGUCACGCAAAACACGCAAAGCGGUGGGGUGACGGCGACGUGGACCCGACCGGGUGGCAGGACGAGCACGACCGACUCGGCGUGUCAGCCGAGCAGUACGUCUCUCACCCUACGAACCGACCAGGGAUGGUGCCGUGGUUCUCCACAUUCAUCAUUAGAACGACAUGGCAGGCGCUGGCGCGCAUGUCGCUCGAGUUCCUCACCUUCGACGUGCGUGUGCUGCAGCACUACGCGAAACCGAAGGUUUUCGAGUUCCACUUCGGGUCGUCCCUGAAAGAGUUGCCGCGCUUUCGCAUCGACGGCGAAGAAGACAGCACGUGCACCGACAACGAGCCGGCCGUGGCCGGUACUGCCACCCUCUCUGUCGCCUCUUCACCGACACCACUGCGUUCUCAGGCUACGGACGCACUCGUGCCGUUGCUGCCCAAGAUCCACCCGAAAAGAAAGGAGGUCGAGAAAGGCGACGGGGAUAUCUGGUUCGACUGGAUCGCCGACGUUGGGGAUGGCUUCAACCCAACGUACGCCAUGGCACGCCUCCUGGCUCGGCCAUCCCUCAAAAUACGGUCGCAUCGCCCGCCGAGCAAGAGAGUCGGCCUUUCCUUCUUGUCAGCCUUUGAUGACUCGACGCCGACGGAAACGCCGACUUUCGACAGGGAACCCUCCGUGCUGCCGCGUGGGUCUUUUGUGCUGGUUGGCGGCGACCUCGCCUAUCCCAGCCCUAACGACGAGACGUACACAACGCGCCUGUUGGAGCCGUACCACGACGCGAUGAGCAGCAACGCGCGGCUGCAGAGCGUGUUCCACGUGGAGCAACGGCGCGUGGUUGUCGCGGACGCGAGCGACGCGGACGUUGCCCACAUGCACAUGUUGGACGCUGAGACGGUGUCUAGGAUGGCGACGGGGCAUGCUGCGCUGCGGACGGGGCGCGCGACGGCGGAGGAGGCGCUGCGGAGCGUGCCGCUGCUGUUCGCGAUCCCCGGCAACCACGACUGGUUCGACGGGCUGACGACGUACCGCAAGUACAUCCUUGAGCGGACAUGGCUAGGGGGGUGGCUGAUGCCGCAGCGCAGCAGCUUCUUUGUGCUGCAGCUGCCGCACAACUGGUUCGUGCUGUGUGGCGACACGGGCAACGUGCAGGACAUCGAUGUAGCGCAGCGCAACUACUUCCUGGAUGUGAUCGAGAAACACAUGGACGCGGAGAGCUGCGUGAUCCUGGCAGCGCACGAGCCGGGCUGGCUUUACGAUUCGAUGCUGUGCAAGUCGGAGCUGACUCAGCCGGAAUUGGCGAAGGUGUCUGAGGCCCUCGGCACGCGCCUGCGUCUACGACUGGCGGGCGACAUUCACCACUACUCCCGCCAUACGCCGCGCGACGCCAGCUCGGAGGCUGCGACGCUGGUAGUGAGCGGCGGUGGUGGCGCCUUCCUGCACGGUCCACGGAACACACCGAUCGUGUCGCAACUGACGGCGUACCGCCGCGCCUGCGCCUUUCCAGCCCACAAUACGCUUCCCAUACUGCUAAGUCGCCUGCUGGGGUUUCGAGUGAUCAACUGGAAGUUCGACCUCAUCAUUGGAGUCUUGAGUUUUCUUGUCGUGGUGUCGUUGCUGCCGCAGUCCAUCAAGGAUGUGCGGCGCGACUCGGAGAGCACCCCACUCAUGACGCUGCCAGAUGCGGCGGCGGCGUGGUGGGAGCGGGUAUGCGUGUACGUCGUGACGCUCUUCACCAAGGGCAUCGCGUCGGUCUUGGCCACACUCGUCUUCUUCGCUGCCUUCGCGGCAGCUGGCGUAGAGAGAAACACGCCGGUCUGGAUGCGGCUGCUGCAUUCGUCCUUCUGGACUUUUCUCACGGUUUUCGUCUGCUGCGGCAUGCUCGCGUACUUGAUAUGCACGCUGCAGUAUAUGGUGGACAACGACAUGCUGGUGUCCGCCGAUGGUCACUGGGGCAGCGCUGUCGAGGACCAGGUGCGCGCCUCAGUCGACAGUUUGCUAAAUCACACACAGCGGGUACUGAGCGAGGCCCAUGCCAGCGUCACCGCGCACGAGCUGCAACGUCUGCAGACGUCGCUUUACGGCGGUCGGCUGGUGAGCUGGUGCGGCGUCGUCCUGCGCUGUCUCGACCCGUUUGAGAUGCUCGCACACCUGUCGGAGAAGGUUAGCUCGCCGGAGAUGGGCACCUUUGCCGAGGAUGCCAGCCGUCUCGAUGAGGUGCUCUACUACCUGUACUUCGUUUUCUUCUACUGGAUCCUUGUGACGCCGCUCGUGUCGUUCGUCAUUGGCAGCUAUCUCAUGUGCUGUGUGACGCUGUUCGACAGCCUCUUCGACUCCACCUACUCGGCCUUCCAGAUUGAAGAGUGCAAGCACUUUCUGCGCUUCCGCCUCGACGCCGCGACGCGCGAGCUGCACGCGUACGUGAUCAUCAUGUCCCACGUGCCCAAGUCGUGGAGCUGGGACGCUGCGUAUCAGAAGGAGCUAAAGAGUGAGAUGGUGCGAGCGGCUCCACCGCACCUGCGGGCCUACCCGAGCCGCUGGCGCGGCAAAAGCUUCCGCACGUCUGCCAGGCGCGACGACGGGAAGCAUGCGGGGCUCGAUGAAGACAUGGAGGAGGGGGUAGAGGUUCUUGAGCACUUUGUGUGUGUCCCCCACCGGCCGCCUACGUCAAGGUCGACCGCUUAG